CCAAUAUUAACAUCUCUCUCUCUCUCUCUCUCUCUCUCUCUCUCUACCAUAUAUACGCAUAUACAUACAGUUAUAUAUAUAGAUAGUAUACAUUUAGAUGGAAGGCUAUAAACUGGUCAUUUUAUUUUUCACGUCACUUGGUUUAGUUGGCACAUUAGUGAAUGGGCAGGGCACCAAGGUUGGGUUCUACUCAAGAACGUGCCCCAAAGCCGAGUCCAUUGUUAGAUCAACCGUGGAGACUCACUUCAAAUCCAAUCCUCGCAUAGCUCCCGGCAUCCUCAGAAUGCAUUUCCACGACUGCUUCGUCCAUGGCUGCGACGGCUCUAUCCUUAUCGAAGGUGCAGGCACCGAGAAGACUGCCCCACCGAACAGUGGAAUACCCGGCUACAAUGUCAUAGACGACGCUAAGCAACAACUCGAAGCUGCAUGCCCUGGUGUGGUUUCUUGUGCAGAUAUUGUGGCACUUGCUGCACGUGACUCUGUUGUCUUGACUAAAGGUUUCAGUUGGAAAGUGCCUACUGGGCGUAGAGAUGGGCGAGUUUCAUUGGCGAGUGAUACUAACAACUUGCCUGGCUUUACGGAGUCCAUUGACGUGCAAAAGGAUAAAUUUGCAGCGAAGGGUCUCAACACUCAAGAUCUGGUCACACUGGUUGGUGGACACACCAUUGGUACCACGGCAUGCCAGCUCUUCAGUUACAGACUCUACAACUUCACCACCACAGGAAAUGGCGCCGAUCCCACCAUCGACCCUUCCUUCCUUCCUCAACUCAGAGCUCUCUGCCCGGAGAAUGGCGACGGGGCCAAGCGGGUCGAUCUGGACACUCGGAGCGCAGCCACUUUCGACGCCACUUUCUUCAGAAACUUGAGAAACGGUCGUGGAGUUCUGGAGUCGGAUCAGAAGCUGUGGACCGAUCCCUCCACCAAGCCCUUCGUCCAACGAUUCUUGGGAGAGAGAGGAUUGCGGAGCUUGAACUUCAAUGUCGAAUUUGGAAAGUCGAUGGUGAAGAUGAGUAAUAUUGGUGUCAAAACUGGCACUGACGGUGAAAUUCGAAGGCUUUGCACUGCUUUCAAUUAAUAACUCACGUCAUAUUCACACAUAUAUAUAUAGUUCCUCUAUAUAUAUGCCGCCGCAAUUCCCCGUAGAUCAAGUGUAUAUUAAUGUAUUCCUCAUUUCUUUCAUUUAUUUAUUGUCGUUUAUAUUUGAUUCAUUUCUAUUAUGGUGGAACACCGUGUGUCGUCAUUAUUAAUAAAGUUGAUUGUACUAUUA